AAAUUCAUUACUACUUACGUUUUUUCUGCGCUCUUUCGUAAACAAAUCUGCCAUUGUUGACCCAAAUAAGUAAAAAAAUUCCAAAUCUGUGUUCAGUCGUUGAUACAAAUCUAAAGCGGGGAGAGACUAUUCGAAACCCUAGAUCUAACCCCAGCCGUCAGAUUCAGAUCAAAUGGGGGGAUCUCUUCUGAACCGUUGGAAUCUAAGGAGACAGCAAUGGUGGAGGUAAACGAGUCGCAUUUGUAGGGGAUAAUAUACAGAAGAGUCGUGAAAGAUUAUUCUCUCAUCUUGAUGGCCAGUUUUCUCUAGCUAUAUUUUUUUUUUUGUUAUUACGGUGGUGGUGAUGUGUGAUUUGGUCGCGCGUACGGGUCGGCUCCAGCAACGGUACGAGGAUGGCUCGCGUCUCGUAGCCGGGUGUAUUCCGUUUAGGUAUCUAAACUCUGAAUCUGGGAAAGUGGUUCAUGUUUUGAUGAUCAGCUCAUCUAGUGGACCUGGACUUUUGUUUCCCAAGGGAGGGUGGGAGAAUGAUGAGACAGUCAGGGAGGCUGCAGUAAGGGAAGCAGUGGAAGAAGCAGGCGUCCGUGGGAUUUUAAUGGACUUCUUGGGAGAUUAUGAGUUCAAAAGCAAAACACACCAGGACGAGUGUAGCCCAGAAGGUUUAUGUAAAGCUGCAAUGUACGCCUUGUACGUGAAGGAAGAGCUAGAGACGUGGCCGGAACAGAAGACUAGAACAAGGACAUGGCUGACGAUCGAAGAAGCUGUAGAGAAUUGCAGGCACGCUUGGAUGAAGAAUGCGUUGGUGGAAGGGUUCUGUAAAUGGCAUAAGGAGAAGAUGAGCAAAGGAGAAGAGAUAGCAGGUUAUGAUUGAUGUUAAGUGUGCAUAAAACUCUUAAGCUGGUUUCUUUCCUUUCGAUUUUUUUUUUCUUGCUCUUUUUAAUCAGUAUGCACGGAGAAGCUUGAAACUGAAACAUAGGAGUUUCAAAGUUUUAAAAGUUCAAUUAUUUUCCUGCU